AUGCAUCGAUUGGGCGAUUUGUGGUCACCAUUGAAGUCGACGGUUGAGGUUCGUCGACAAACGCCUGGACGCCUUGGGGCGAUCUUGGAGUCUUGGGGCAACGGAGGCAAGCGACCCUCUCAAGAUGCGUCUGUGGGUAGUACUGGGUGCCCGUACAGGCUAGUGCAAGGCUUAAUCGGACCCGCUUGA